AUGGCGGAACAACUACUGUAUGUCUCCAAUAAGUAUAUGGUUUGGGAAAUGAAGACUAUUUGCGAGAAUUUGCUAUACAUUCAAAUCAAUACUAAAAAUGCUUUGAAAAUACUGAAAAAAAUGGAUGAAUGCAAUAAUGAACGCCUGAAGACAAUGUGUAUUGAAUUCAUUAGAGAGAAUUGGAGUCAUAUUCUGGAGUCACAAUGGAUUAACUUCUUAGGCAAUGACCAGUCGCUCACCAAUUGUCUGGUCGCUGGUCUUAGGAAUGUACCCAAGCCUAAGGUGUCCAUGCGUUACAUGUUACACGUGUACGACAUGAGUGGUUGGCGGAGGGGGUUGAGGGGCGUUAGGGUUGACCACAUGCACUGUCGUCUCAUUUGGUUUGAGCAUAUUUUCACCGGUCUUCAGACACAUCCACACAAGGAAUGCAAUGCCUGCACAGCAAAGGCAUACCACGAGAAGACUGCCCAACAGAUACAGUAUAAUGAUAAAGGCGGCCCAGGCACCCACCCUGUUUACGUCCCCCUCGUCUAUUUGAGGUUUGGGGUCAUUAGAGUCGGGCCCUCCACUCACACACACCACUGA